CAUGAAUUCGUCAGCGCCGGGCAACAGUAAUUCCCCAAAGUUCCUCUAUGACCUGGCCUUGGAUUCACUUGUCCGUGGCCUGGGCACCACAGUCCCCUCGCUGGAGAGGAUCCAUCGUCUACCCGAGCUGCCUCGCAAUAUACUCAUCGAUGUCUAUGAGAUGAUGUCGAAGCGUGACUUCUUGAAGGACACCUUGCUGGAGGAGCUGUGCCGCCUGGAGGUGUUCACCCGUUUGGUUCGCUACUCGCCCGCCCGCAGCAAGCUGCUGCGCAUCGUGGCCUCGCUGAUGGCCAGCAAAAAGAUGCUAGCCAGCCGGCUGAGCGAGGCCUACAUCGCCCGGUACGGCCAGGACUGGGAGCUGAACGGGGAUCUGGAGGAGGAGCGCAAGGCUGAGGAGAUGAUGCAACUGCCAUCGGCCGCCAGACAGGAUGAUAGGGCCAGGGAGCUGCUACGUGACUAUGUGGCCGAUGACGAGUCGCCCGGCACCAGCUCCAGCUCCAGCACGUGUCGCCGCCAAGAUAGUGACCCGAACAAAGUACCAUUGCAGCCCGAACCCAAUGUGAUGCCUCUGACCAACUUGCAAGACUUGCCGGCCGAGGAGCUGCAGGCCAUUGACACGGGCUUGCGGAUGGGUUCGUUCCUCUCGGAGGCCGGCUGGAUGCAGGAGAGCAUCUCAGUGCUAUCGUGCCUCAAUGCAAGACUGAAGCGCCUGCCGCCCCACAAGUACUGGCUCGAGAUGCGCUACGAUUGCUUGCAGCGCCUGCUGUAUGCCGAAUCGUCGCAUUGCAACUUCAAGCUGGCACACCGCACCUACGAGGAACUGAUUGAGCUGAAUCGGUCCCUGACCGACUCGGUGCCCGCCCAGCUGGUGGCCCUGACCUACAGCCAGAUUUCGGCCAUGUACUUUGCCCGCAACGAGUACGUCAACAGCCAUAUGUGGAGCGGUCUGGCCAUGCGUUCUCUCAAAGCAUCCGCCCCGCCGCGCAUCGCCAUCGAUGUACUGCGCCAGGCGGCCAAGGCCUGUGUGGUUAAGCGGGACUUUGCCCGGGCCAAUCUACUCAUCUGCCAGGCGGUGCGACGUGCUCGCCAACACUUUGGAGUCAAUCAUCAGAAGUACGGCGAUGUCCUGAUGGACUAUGGCUUCUUUUUGCUCAACGUGGACUCGGUGUUCCAGUCGGUCAAUGUCUACAAGGAAGCCCUGGCCGUGCGUCGCGGCAUCUUCGGCAACAUGAACUUCCAUGUGGCCAUUGCCCACGAGGAUCUGUCCUAUGCCUACUAUGUUCAUGAGUACAGCACGGGUGACUUUAGCUGCGCCCAGGAUCACGUGGACAAGGCGGUGACCAUUAUGAAGAAUUUAGUGCCGAGCAAUCACCUGAUGCUGGCCUCGGCCAAGCGCGUCAAGGCCCUUCUCCUCGAGGAGAUAGCGCUGGACAAGAUGGCCGAUGGCAUUGAUGAGGAGGAUCUGCUGUUGCAGUCGGAGCAGUUGCACAAUUUCGCACUGCUCCUAUCGCUGGAGGUGUUCGGCGAGGUGAACGUGCAAACGGCCAAACAUUACGGCAAUCUGGGGCGGCUGUAUCAAACAAUGAAUCGCUUUGAGGAGGCGGAGCGUAUGCAUCAGAAGGCCAUCAAGAUCAAGACGGAUCUGUUGGGUGCCUUUGACUACGAGGUGGGCCUCUCCAUCGGUCACCUCGCCUCGUUGUACAACUACCAGAUGAAGAAGUAUCGCGACGCAGAGAAGCUCUACUUGCGCAGCAUCGAUAUAAGCUUGCGCUUGUUUGGACACUCGUAUUCGGGUCUGGAGUAUGACUACCUGGGGCUGUGUCAUGUCUACGAGACUCUUCAUGACUUUGAAAAGUAUUUACAAUACGCGCACACUCUGGAGAACUGGCAGAUCCUGCGCGGUCAGAAUAUUACACAAAACAAGUCAAGCUAUCCGGCCAUCGAGGAGGAUUACACCAUCGAGGAGGUGAAGAGCAAGUUCUUCAACAUGAGCGCACCCAACUCCUCGAAAGUCAGCCCACCGCAGCUGGAGUUUAACUGAGCAGGGGCCUUGGUAGCGGCAAUGGCAGCACAGGCACCCGCACCCGCACCACAACCACAACCAGAACCAGAUACUGAACCCGAAUCGGAGACACUGGAUUCUGAUUUGGAUUCGGAUAGCACAAACCAGAUAGGCUACAGCAGAAACGAACACGAAAAGGAGAGCAGUAGCGGAAGUGGCGGCAUCUGCACUUUGUCGUAGAUAAGUCUUGAAUAAGCUAGCCAUGUUGAUGUAGUCCGAGGAGACGAGGCAGUGUAGAAAGGAUGAUAGAAGCAAGGUGUAUGUGUGGAGAACGAGGAAGCGGUGGAACCUUCACCCUUGCCGCUCUCUAGACAUCUAUCUAUCUAUAUAUAGACAUGUGUAUAAGGAUGUAGGCAGUUGGUAGUGCGGUCGCGGUCGUCCCUGUUCCGUUUGAUCCAAUGUUUCUAUAUAUAUAUUUUUUUUAAUUUGUUUCAUUUCCAUCGAAUAAGUCCCUCAAUACCUCGAUGUUAACAACCCCUCCUGUGUAUUUAACUCGUGGAGUGGAGUGCUCUGUCCAGUCAUACUAAUCGCCACCAAAACAUAACCAACCAACCACCAGCCACAGUGUAGCGUCAUCGAAUACGUCCAAUAACCCCAGCAGAUCCUGGAGUUGUCACCCACCAUAUAAACAAAAAAAAAAUUAUAAAAACAAGUAAACAAUUUAUUAAAUUUAUUAAACAUUUUCUCCCAGUAAGCUCAUCCCAGCCUAGGCUGCCAGCUAUAGGAAGUAUUCUUUUCGAGCUUUUGGUUUAGAUUCUUAAAAACUAAUUAAUUCUUAUCUAUUCUUCUAACGUAUUUCGGCCAAUGUACAAAAAAACAAAAAAAAUAUUUAAUUUUUUUCCCCUCGAAUUCGUUCAACAAUUUUUCACUAUUAUGCUAUUUUUAAAAAUAACAAAAAUUAUGUAACUUAGGAAGUAUAGAAUUGAAGGCUAUAUAUUUCUGUGUAGCAUCUAUUGUGAUCCAUUUGAUAAACCAAGAAGUAAAAAAUAUUCGCUGUAGAGAAAAUA